AUGGCAGAUGAUGAUGAAGUUGUUGAGGAAGCAGAGGUGAUAGCUAGUGGUGAAGCGGAAAAUGUAAUGGGACUCAGUCCUAUUGAUACAGAGAGGCCACUUGCACCACCUAAGUAUGAAAUUCGACCAGGACUUGGUGAAAAAUUCCAGUCUCAGAAUGUACGAGACGUUAUCAACUCUACAAUGAAGGAGCAAUUGAUGGGACGGCAGUAUCGGGCAGACCAAGCGCCGAAAUGGGCGAAGUCGAUUGCAAAUGCUGUGCGUAUGAGAGUGCAGGAGCUUGAUAUGAAAAGGUACAAAAUUCUAGUACAAUCAACUAUAAUAGAAAUGAAGGGAGCUGGAGUAAAGUGUGGGCAGCGGUGCAUCUGGGAUCCCGAGACUGAUGACUAUGUGGACGAUUUGUAUAGAAAUGAUACUAUGUUCUGUUAUACAAUCGUAUAUGGAGUUUAUAUGUACUGA